AUGGGCACAGACAUCGCACCCGAAUCUCCAGAGUUCCCGGAUGGACCGCAUCCGCCCGAUGCGCUGAGAUGGACGGACGAGCAUGACCCAGAGAACCCGUUCAACUGGCCAGCUACCAAGCGUUGGGGGGUGGUGGGUUUGGCGUGCUAUGUAACUUUUAUUGUUGGAUGGAAUGCCACGGCAGUCUCGGGAGCAGCGAUAGAGAUUGGCGAAUACUUCGGCGUCAGUGAUGAGAGCUUUCCCAAUUCAUUUUGGCCCGUCACAUCAUGGACGACUGGUGCCGCUAUGGCGCCCAUGAUCGUGCUGCCCAUUAUGGAGGAUUUUGGCGUCCGGCCAGGAUAUCUGAUUUCUUAUUUCAUAUUCUCGAUCUUCGUCAUCCCGCAAGCUGUGGCCAAGAAUUUCGCAACACUGAUUGCGACUCGCUUCUUUGCGGGCUGCUGUGCCGGCAUUCUGCAGGAUGGAACUGAUGGUAUUGUCGCCGACUUGUUCCCCGAUCCUGUAAGACGAAGUCUUCCCAUCAGCUGCUACGUGUUUUCCCUCCUUGCCGGAGUCACAAUUGGACCAGUCAUUGGCGGUGCUAUCAACGAAAACUUGGAUUGGCGAUGGUUAUUCUACAGCCAACUCUGCAUCUACUUUGGCUCAAUGCCGAUGAUAUUUCUCGUCAUGAAAGAAACACGGGGCCCUGUCAUCCUGUUGAAGCGGGCUAGAAAGGUAUCUCAUCAACAAGUCAACGUCUCCGAAUUAGAGAAACAGCAACAUCAUAUCAGCAUCGUCCAGUUCUUCAGAGACAACGUGGUGCGCCCUGCCUAUAUGCUUGUCACGGAGCCGGUUGUCUUCUUCUUCACGCUCCUGACAGCACUCUCCUACGGCAUUGUCUUCGUCUCAUCGCAGAGUGUCACCCAAGUCUUCAUGGCACUGUACGGAUGGCCGGAGCACCAAACCGCCUACAUGCAAGCAGCGAUCGUGGUGGGCGAGUUCCUUGGCCUCCUCAUCUGCUUUUAUCAGAACUACCUGUUCGAGAGAGCGUUUCGGCCGGAAAGCCGCACACCCAGGUCCCGACUCCCGGAAGUCCGCCUGUACAUGAGCAUUCCUGGCUCUUUCAUCGGACUCGCUGGCGGACUCUUUUGGUACGGCUGGACAAGCUACAGCUCCCUGCAUUGGAUUCUGCCCACCAUCGGGCUGGCCCUGACUGGGAUAGGCAGCAUGGUGGUCAUGCAGGCUGUCAUGAUGUAUCUCACGGACGCUUAUGCGAAGUAUGCUGCGAGUGCCAGCGCUGCUGCUUGCGCAGGCGAAAACAUCUUCGCCGCCUUCCUGCCUUUGGCUGCUCAGUCAAUGUACACCAACCUGGGAUUCCAGUGGGCCAGCAGUGUGUUGGCAUUCAUUGCGCUCGCCUUGAGCUUUGCACCCAUAGUACUCAUAUUCUACGGCGAGACCAUCAGAAGAUGGAGUCCAUUCAUGUCCCAGGCCACAUAUGAAUGA